AUGCAAGUGCAAUGCGGCGGGCAAAACAAGCCAGAUCCAGUUUCCAUCUGCCCCGAAAGGUAAAUAAAUGAAAUGUAAAUAUAGAAGUGUCAGCUGCGUGAAAAUGCAAAGCCAGCAUUCCACAUUGUUCCCUGGUGUCACAGUACAGUGGUACCUCAGGUUAAGUACUUAAUUCAUUCCGGAGGUCUGUUCUUAACCUGAAACUGUUCUUAACCUGAAGCACCACUUUAGCUAAUGGGGCCUCCUGCUGCCGCCGUGCCGCCGGAGCACGAUUUCUGUUCUCAUCCUGAAGCAAAGUUCUUAACCUGAAGCACUAUUUCUGGGUUAACAGAGUCUGUAACCUGAAGCGUAUGUAACCUGAAGCGUAUGUAACCCGAGGUACCACUGCACAAGCACUCUUCUGGCUACUGGCACUAAAAUAAUUAAAAUCAAACCAUAACGGUGACUUCUGAUAUUUACCAUAUUGGCCCGAAUAUAAGCUGCACGUGAAUAUAAGCUGCACCUGUAAAAUUGGAGUGGGGGGGGGGAAGAAAAAAAGAAAAAAUACCCGAAUAUAAGCCGCUCCAUUCCUUGGUGCUACUGGCUGCAUACUGGGGGGGGGGGGGACGGACGCUGCAUUGCCGGCAGCCGUUCCCAGUCUUUGCUCUCCCCCUUCCUGGCCUUGGGGGAGAGGAUAGAGGACUACGCGCGGGGCCGGCGCCGCUUUGCUGCGCUCCUGGCUGCACACCAUAAGGUCAUGAAUGUAAGCCGCACUUUAAUGUUUCAUGGUCAGAAUUGGGGGGGAAAGUGAGGCUUAUAUUCAGGCCAAUACGGUACUAUACAGUGCAAGCCUUGUACAGAAGCUGGACAUGAAGGGUCUGAGCGGGGAAAAAGAGAGGACGGCUGGUAAGUCUUCAAAAUAACAGAAGAGGGUUUUUCAUGUGUCACGUUCUUCAUAAAUCUGGGUCAAGACAUUCUGCUGCCCCCAAGUGACAGCAGGACGUAAUCUUGGUGUGCCAAGAGAUCUCAUUCAAACUGUCUGUCCAUCUAUCUAUCUAUCUAUCAUCUAUCUAUCUAUCUAUCUAUCUAUCUAUCAUCUAUCUAUCUCAGGCCUCCUUCUGUGUGGCCAACAUUGUCACACUGAUCCAUGCAAAGGGCUUAGAGCGAGAAUCUGAUGCAGAGAAACUUCAAAUUCAGGUUACGCCCUCUGAUGUUGCCAGAUAAAACACCGUGUUUGUACUAAACACACAGUGCUCUCGUGCUCUUGCAAAACAUUACCUAGUUAGCAUGUGAUUAAAAGUCACAUGUCAAAAUGGGAAAUGAAUUGUACAGGUAGAAUAGAAGUAUACUGCUGGCACCAUAAAUGACCAAAUGUCUCAUGAUGGUGGUUUUAAGCUUAUGUAGUGUACCCAACUUCACCCUGCUGCUUUGUGCAAAUGUUUCACCAUCCCUUCUUACAUAUCCAAUCCCAUGUGCCAGGUAGAGGGAAGAUAGAGCUUUUAGGGAGGAGAGGAUAUUCCCUUGCUCAUUUCUGUCCAUUUCAAAAGAUGCAAAGUGAAAUGGACAAAAUUAUUAUCCUGCAUCUCUCCACUCAGUGGAGAUGAGUGUUGCAUUGCUGGAGUAAGUGGAACACAGAGAAUUCAAAUAACUAAGUGCAGAAUUCAGUUUUCUUUUGUUAAAAAAAGUGUGUGUGUGUGUGUGUGUGAAGGGAAGAGGGUCCAUGAAAUGAUGUGGGGGGCAGAUGCAGGAAUACUUCAUACAUUGCCUCAUUAAUUUACGGAACUCACUGCCUCAAGAUGUGGCAAUUGAUAGCAAUUAAAUUUCCUUGCAACAUUUAAAAUACGCUUUUCCCCAAAUAGAAGGUGGAAGUACAUCCAUAAAUAAAACAAUUUCAUAUCAGAUCUAAAAUACACAGCAUCAUAAAAUGUUAUGAGUGAUUUCUGUUGAAAUAUAAAAGCGAUAUGCAAGUUAGAUAAAUGGAAAUGUGUUUUUUUCAUGCGUUUUAUUAGUUUUCUUACUUGAUAAACAAAUACAUACAAUAAAGUAACAAUAAUAAAAUGACAACAACAAAAAAACAAAAACAAAACAUAGAACCAUAAAACUAUAAAUUCUUACACACAGCAUUAUGUCACCAUAAUCUUUAUUCCCAAUUCCUUUUCUUCUCUGAUAGACUUCCGUCUUCCUCAAAGCGGGUCUGUUUUGUCUAUUUGUUAAAUUGCUUCUUUUAUCAUUUCAUCAUUUCUACUGUUUUCCACAUACUAUACUUAUAAUCCAUAUUAAGGUUUGCGAAAAUUAAUCAAAGCAAAUCCAGGUUUUGACAUGGGUGCACUGUUUUUUUUAAGUACGGUAAUCUCUAUAAAUUUUCCAUUACUUUUGGAAAUUUUGGUUAGGCUGUCUCCUAAUUUUCUCCGUCAUUUUUGCCAAUUUGAGAUAUUCAAAUAAUUUACCCUUACAUUCCGUUUUUGUUGGUACUAAUUCACUUUUCCAGUUUCUAGCUAUUAACAUUCUUGCUGCAGAUGUAGCAUAUAAGAAUAUUCUCUUUUUUUAUUUGGGAUAUCUGAAUCUAAAUUAUCUAGAUAAAUGGAAAUGUGACCAGAACAACAUUGUGCAGAAGGAGCAUAUAUUGCCACAACCCCAUCCUUCCCCGCAGGGCAAAAAUGUGUGUUUUUAUCUGCUGACAAAAAAAGCAUAACAUGUCAGUGUGAGGCACACCUUGGCAGGGAGAGCAUUCCAUAGACUGGGGGCAACCACAGAGAAGGCCCUGUCAUGCGCCCCCACUAACCCCAAAGUUCAUUUGGUGGUAGGAUUGCAUGUAGGAUCUCCCCUGCUUAUCUUAAUACAUGGGCAGGCUGAUACGGCCUCACUUUCAUUGGUACUUAUUUCCAGGCAAACUGAUACAGGAUUGCAGCAGAAGUUUUUGUUUUUAAAGAUUUACAAAUUGGACCUGCAGCAUAUUUAAAGCACAUGUCUUUCUCCCAAAGAAUCCUGGGGACUGUAGGUGCUAGGAACUGUAGUUCUGUGAGGGGUAAAUGAGAGUUCCUAGGAUUAUUUGGAGGACGUUGUUCAUUUAAAAGGCAUGCACCUGCAGUGUGGCUUGCUUCUGUUCAGCCGGCCAUGCCCCUUAAUGGCACUCCAUUCCCCCGCCUGUCAGCCAGCAUACCAGGUCCUCAGAGGGAUGUAAAUAGUGACAUUUGAGGGGCAGCUUUAUACAUAUGCGUUUUUGUUAUAUCUAUAAAUUUCUGAUAUUUUACUUUUAUUUCAUAUUUUGAACACAGUUUCUUAUAAAAACUUACAUAAGCUCAACGCAAAAGAGACCAGUUGGCUUAUCAACUCUUAUCAACUGAACAUCCCCAAGCAUCGACACUUGACCUGAAGGAAUUGGUGACAAAAUUUGCAAUGGAAAACACACACUAAGUGAGAUUUUGAUGUGCCUGAACUUGAAACUUUUAAGAGACUUUUAUUUGAACACCAGAAUUCACAAGGUUAUCCAAAAUCAUUUUGGGUGCUAAAAAUGUUUUCUUUUGUAUUUGAGAAAGAUAAUCAAAGAGGGCUAUAUUACUUGCUCUUGCCAUUUAAAUACUUGCUCUUGGAAUUUAGCAGUUCCAAGUUUUAUGCUCUUCAUUUUUUUCUACAUCCAAUCUCGAAAACUGAAGCUAGCAUUAAGAUAAAUUCAACAGUGUAAAUAAGUUUUGAUGUUGUUAACAAUGGAUUACUGAAUGGUUUAGUUCAUGUAAAAUAUGCAUGGAUGUAUGGUAUGCAGAAUGAACCACGGAAAGGGAAGAAGAGAUCAUUGAUUUAAGGUUGUUUAAAUGAAUAGCAAUUUUGGGUGUGUGUACAUUAUUAAACCCCUUCAUGGAUCACUGCCUUGCCGUGGCGAAGGGGCUUGAAUAACUCAGAGAAGCUAUGAACUAUGCCGAGCAGGGCACCCAAGAUGAACAGAAAGUGAGGAGGAAUUAAAGAACCUUUUAUUGAGGGUGAAAGAGGAGAGCGCAAAAUAUGGUCUGAAGCUCAACAUCAAAAAAACGAAGAUCAUGGCCACUGGUCCCAUCACCUUCUGGCAAAUAGAAGGGGAAGAAAUGGAGGCAGUGAGAGAUUUUACUUUCUUGGGCUCCAUGAUCACUGCAGAUGGUGACAGCAGCCACGAAAUUAAAAGACGCCUGCUUCUUGGGAGAAAAGCAAUGACAAACCUAGACAGCAUCUUAAAAGUAGAGACAUCACCUUGCCAACAAAGGUCCGUAUAGUAAAAGCUAUGGUUUUCCCAGUAGUGAUGUAUGGAAGUGAGAGCUGGACCAUAAAGAAGGCUGAUCGCCGAAGAAUUGAUGCUUUUGAAUUAUGGUGCUGGAGGAGACUCUUGAGAGUCCCAUGGACUGCAAGAAGAUCAAACCUCUCCAUUCUUAAGGAAAUCAGCCCUGAGUGCUCACUGGAAGGACAGAUCGUGAAGCUGAGGCUCCAAUACUUUGGCCACCUCAUGAGAAGAGAAGACUCCCUGGAAAAGACCCUGAUGUUGGGAAAGAUGGAGGGCACAAGGAGAAGGGGAUGACAGAGGAUGAGAUGGUUGGAUGGUGUUCUUGAAGCUACCAGCAUGAGUUUGUUCAAACUGCGGGAGGCAAUGGAGGACAGAAGUGCCUGGCGUGCUCUGGUCCAUGGGGUCACGAAGAGUCGGACACGACUAAACGACUAAACAACAACAACAUUAUUAAAGCUAUGGUUUUCCCAGUAGUGAUGUAUGGAAGUGAGAGCUGGACCAUAAAGAAGGCUGAUCGCCGAAGAAUUGAUGCUUUUGAAUUAUGGUGCUGGAGGAGACUCUUGAGAGUCCCAUGGACUGCAAGAAGAUCAAACCUAUGCAUUCCGAAGGAAAUCAGCCAUGAGUGCUCACUGGAAGGACAGAUCGUGAAGCUGAGGCUCCAAUACUUUGGCCACCUCAUGAGAAGAGAAAAGACCCUGAUGUUGGGAAAGAUGGGGCACAAGGAGAAGGGGACGACAGAGGACGAGAUGGUUGGACAGUGUUCUCGAAGCUACUAGCAUGAGUUUGACCAAACUGCGGGAGGCAGUGGAAGACAGGAGUGCCUGGCGUGCUCUGGUCCUUGGGGUCACGAAGAGUCGGACCCGACUAAACAACAAACAACAUGAGCACAAGUAGUUAACCUUGCCUAGGGCGCAACAAAGCCUGGCUCCUCCCUCUUGCAGGCGUGAGCGGAUGCUGCCCUUUGGGGAACGCAAUAAGGUGCAAGCGUCCUGAUACCCAGCGCGGCACAGAGCUUUAGGAUGGGUCCUUCUCUCUUUAAAAAAAGAAACUUACCCACAGCUCCCUCGGUCUCCCCACCACCUCUGUCCCUCAAAGCGCAACGCAGAGGGCGGAGACGUCCUGCUUAGCCCUGCCCUCCUCCGAGGCGGAGCUAAGGCGCGAUGCCGCCCCCCGGUGCUACAGCUUCACUGCGCCGGCUCCGAGCCACCCGACCCGGCUGCUCCCUCUCCGGCCUGCCCUUGGGAAGCGCCUUGCGGGUAACGAGCUCGCGGCCCCGGGAUCCCCCCGACGUCGCCUUCCCAGACCCGGCGGCCUCAGGAUCUGGGGCUGCGAGUCUGCGACGCCCGUCCUUUCCUUGCGCGCGUUUUAGGAUUGCUCCCCCCCCCCUUCCCGGCUGCACGCCUUCCGAUGUCUUCUGGAUCCCCGCCGUUUGGUGUCCAUAGCGGCGUCUGAUCCGGAGUAAGCGCCCCACAGUUCAGUCUGCUGCUCCAGGGACUCCUUGGAAACCCGCUCUCCCGCAGCCUACUCGUGGUUUUCGAUACGUUUGCUCAGGAGUAAGCCCCACCGUGAUCCCUGGGGCUCACUCGUGAAUCGGCCGCCCCUCGUUACGCAGCCAUCUGCCGCACGCUUGCUUGGGAGUAAGUCCCACUGGGGGUGUGCAGGAUCACAGCCUUCCAUUGACCCGGGUGUCAGCAGGUAGAGUGAGAGGGAAGCAUGGGUUUCUCUGAAGGGCCUCCAGGUGAAUGUUGGACUCAAAGUCCCAAUAGCCCCUCCCAGCGUGGCCAGUGGUGUGGGAUGCUGGGAGUUGUAGUCCAGCAACAUCUGGAAAGCUGCAGGUCCCCUGUCCUUCCACUAGGGGGUGGUAUUAAUUGCGGUUUAAUCCAUCCAAGCUACAGUUAAAACUGAGCAAAGGACAAGCUUCCACCACUGUUUGAUCAAACUCUGCUUAAAUAUUAUAUAUACCAAAGUGUGGUUAGAGUUCCCAUUCUAUACAUAGGAAACUGCCUUAUAUGGAGCCAGAUGAUUGGUCCGUUUAGCUCACUACUGUCCACACUGAUUGGCAGGAACAAACUUGGUACCAACUAUGCUGAGUAAGUUCCCUUGAAUAAAACUGGGGCUUACUUCUGAGGAGACAUAUAUAGGAUUGUCACCCUGAAACCUCUCAAAUGUGACAGCAAACCAAGGCACUUAUUUCACAGGGUUUUGCGAGGAACUGUUCAGACCACACGAAAACCUAGUUCUCAGGAACAACAAGUGGAGUACAAUCAAACCUCGGUUCCCAAACGGCUCCGUUUUGGAACGUUUUGGCUCCUGAAUGCUGAAAAUCCAGAAGUAAAUGCUCUGGUUUCCGAAUGUUUUUCAGAAGCCGAACGUCCGACGCAGCUUCUGCUUGAGUGCAGGAACCUAUACGUUUGACAACCAAGGUUUGACUCUAGCAAAAUGUGUGCGUCUGGUCUGUACUAGGCCACAUUCACACCAUACUUUUAAAGCGCUAUGGUGCCACUUGAAACAGUCUUGGGCUCCCCCAAAGAAUUCUGGGGAAUGUGGAUUGUUAAGGGCACUGACAGUUAUUAGGAAGCCUCUAUUCCCCUCAGCUAUAUUUCUCAGUGUGGUUUAACAAGCAAUCCCACUGCCCAGGGAGCUCUGGGAAUUGUCGCUCUGAGAGGGGAAUAGGGGUCCCCUAACAACACUCCACAUCUUUCAACAAACUUCAGCUGGAACAACCCUUCACUUAAAAACAAAGCCAAAACACCUCCUAUACACAGAGAACCAGCCUGAUGCUUCUCCCUAACAUGCUAGCUUUCUGUGUAUGGGGAUUUUGUUUUAAUUUUGUGCAGAGACAAGCAGUCAAACACUUCAGCCCCCUUCUUUCUCUCUCUCCACCCGACUGACAGCCUGAAGUGCUCCAGUCUGGACACAGGUUUCCACGUCACUCUGAAGUGGGGACCCUCUUGCAUCUAGGGGACACCCUGAGCAUUUUGGAGAGAAAGUAGAUAGCAGUAUCCUAUUACUUUAAGCAGCCAUGACCCCUCCCCCCAAUAAUCCUGGGGACUGUAGUUUGUCAAAGGUGCUGAGAGUUAUCAGGAGACUCCUAUUCCCCUUACAGAGCUGCAAUUCCCAGAAUGGUUCAACAGUCAAGUCAUUUCCCAGAGUAAUGAAAAGGUCCCUGGCUUAGUGAGAGAGCAUCUGCUUUUUUCCAGGUUCAAUCUUCCACAUCUCCAGUUAGAGCUGGGGAAAGAUCCCUGUAUGAAAGCCCGGAGAGUUUUUCAAAAGGAUGGCUGCGUUUCAGUUUGGAUGUUUUUUCAGAAAGUGCAACUUAGAUUUACCUUUUAAAUGCAAACUCAAAUCUAAUUUCUCCCCUACCAUCCCUAAUUGUACCUUUGACACUUUCACCCUCAAGUUCAGCAGCGGGCAUUUAACAAAGCUGCCCCUUCUCUCUCCUUCAUCCAACUUACUGGUCUUUGAAAUUAUUUCCCCAGAGCAAACAUUGGCCCAGACGCAACCAGCAACACCCCCCAUAGUCCUGUUUAGCCUGGUGGCAUUUCUCAGCGGUUAUGCCAGGCAGCCUAAACCAUCAUGUAUCCCGGGUAAGGACUUUGUACAGGAAGAUCCUGCAGUUGCACCGAGCAUUGCCACUGGAGUUGAAGACCCUGGGAGACCAGUAUGUGAAAGAUGAGUUCAGGAGACACAGAUCUGUUGGUCCUGAAGAGGCUCAAUGCUUCCUGCGGGAAUGGGAGGCAAGUAUAUUUUCAUCUUCUGCUUCCCUGCUUCAGUUUUUGGGGAUGUGAUUUGGGUCUGUCUUACUCACUGUACAUGUAUAUCUUAUUGCCCCUUUUCACACAUAAAGUUAAGCCAAAUCAUGGUUUAGUGUGAAUGCUUAAACGUGGGGGCUCCCAGAGAGGAGGUUGCACUUGUUUUGCUACCCCGGCCGGCAGUCCUUUUAGCAGACUGUGAUGUGGCAGCUAAGCCAAGGUCCAGCUUAGUUCAUCCAAACCCAGCCUCAUUAUUAAGCACCCUCCUCUUUAACCACGAGCUGUAGACAAAGCUUACUGUGUCAUGUGAACCAGGCCAGUGUCUGCUGGCCUUUUGAAUACUCCUGUGUUAGAAAUGCAUCUGCUGACAUUAUUAUUUAUCUACACUUUAGGUGUUGUUUUGCCAAUGAACUGGAGGUUCCUUAAAGGAUACUUGGUAGUCAAUAUAGGAGGGAAAAUAUAUUUUUAUUUGAACGGACUAGGAAAACCUCCUCCAACAACAGCAACAAUAAAAACCCUUCAAACAGUAAACCUUCUUACAACGAGAAAUAACCCCAAAGGAACAAUUCCCCAUCAGACCUUCACCCACAUACAACACCAGAUCCAGCCAUAGACAGCCUCAACAGCAUUUGAUCCAUCAUCUUCUUCCUACUUGACCACAUUGUCCUGCACUAUUUGUACCUGCCUCAACCAAGUGGGGCUGGAUGUCUCCACAGCCGCUACCUGUGUCGAUUAGGGCUCCUAAUCUGGGCAGUCAAACCCCAGCUGGGCCACCCUCAAGGGUAGGAGUGCUCCCUCCUGCAAGGACUCACAGAAAGGGUUGGCUGCGUAAGGCCAAACCUACACAUCUUUGAUUUUUUUCCCUUCUGCGUUUUCCACUACAGGUGUGCAGAAAGCUAUAGGAGCACUAUUCAUUUUCAGAUACGUCACUACUAAAGACGCAAAGUCCUGGAAAGAAACCCAGAAAAAUAAGGGAAAACUAGGGCCCCCCCCCCCAAUUUCUCCUUCUCAUUUUUAGUCACUGCUUAUCCUGUUGAACUUAUCCAGGCCAGCUAGGGAGUUUAUGGCGGUGGGUGAGAUUUGAACUCAGAUCUCCAAGCCCAGUGCUUUGUUUCCUUUGGUUUUGCCAUAUGAAUGUUAGAGGUUUAGCAGUGUUGGAAACAGAGAUAUGAAAGCUAGGAGCUAAAUGGCACCUUAAACCUAGGUUAUGGGUGCAACAACGGAAUGUCUAGGCGCUCUUUUUUUAUAACGAGAAUACAAAGCUGAAAAGGAAUGAACUGCAGCAAAAAUAUUAUGUUCAUUUUUCACAUGGUCAAGUCCUUCCCUUUCCCACCGCGCUAAUAUUCUUAAGAAGGUCUCUUCUCUAGUCUUCAGAGUGUAGCUGGAAGUGGGGAGGCAGAAAAAGGUCCUCCUUUCCUUCUGCAGUUUUAAUCUGAAAACUUAGGCGCAGUGCUGUGCCCAGAGCUCAGAAACUGCUUGCGCUAAUGAAAUUCCCUGUCGCAAAAUGUGCCUAGAACAAUGGGAGUUUCGAACACUGCUCUCUAGCCAGGCAAGCAAAGGACAUUUUUAUAGUUCAAAGACACAUUCUGGCUAGGCAAAAACACUCGCAGAGGGCACAAAACAUUGCAUACCCUUCCUCCCAGCCUUGAUUUUUUUGGUGUGUGGUUGUUUUUAGCUUUGAAAUAGCAGGGAGUCUUGGUUAGCAGCUAAUUUUUUAUGUUUUCAGGCUUGCUUUCAGAUUAAUGGGUCCUAUCUUGAAAGCCACAGGGAAGUAUUCAUACCAGAGGGAGGUGUACAAACAAAGUAUUGUUUGUUUAUGAGGAAAUACUGCUCUUCAGGUAGAUCCAAUCAGCGGCAUCUAUUAUUAGCACAUCCUUCUUCCGAUAUAAUACAUGCUUACUUUUUAAUUAAAAUAAUUGGCACUCUUUACAAAGAGGCAGUUGGCAUGCGUGACUUGAUCGUGGCUAUUACCCAAGAGUGUUACUGAAUUAACGUUGAUAAGUCAUGCAGCCCAUAAGUCAUGCAAAGCCCUGUGUGUGAUAACUAUGUUUUGUUGAGAAAUUAAUGAUAACAAUUAAAGGUAAUACUUAAUUCUCUAUGGAUCUGGUUUAUCGUGACAGAUGAACACAGGCAAGACUUGGACUUGUGUGCUUCCCCUUCUCCCCAUUUUUCUGGCAUGGCCACUUUCACUUCCAUUUUUGACCAGCCACGGUUUAGUAUUGCUUUUGAUCCCUAGAUUGUGGUUGUUAACUGUGGUUCAUAAACCAUAGCUUGGCAGAUUUGGAAGACAUGUGCAUCACCAAAGAAUGUGCAUCACCAUUUUUAAGUUCAAAGGGGAGACUGUGCGGUUGUUGCUAUAGUGAUCUGCCCUGGCUUGAUUUUUUAGUCAACAUUUCUUCAUCUGUGCAAGCCUUUACAGCAGUGAUGGCCAAACUCGGCCCUCCAGCUGUUUUGGGACUACAACUCCAUCCCCCCUAGCUAACAGGACCAGUGGUCAGGGAUGAUGGGAAUUGUAGUCCCAAAACAGCUGGAGGGCCAAGUUUGGCCAUCACUGCUUUACAGGGUAAGAAAGUAGAUUGCUUUUUUUUGCUUGCAUACUUUUGAUUCUUACCACUCCAGGCUGAAAAUUCAAUUGUUUUGCAGAAAAAAGACACUAUGUAAGAUAGAGUUGGCUAAAGUAGGCAUAAUGCAAAAGUGAGUGUACUGCCUGGAAUUCUGUAGCCAGAACCUCAACUUACAUAUUUAAUAGAAAUUAUGCUGACUGGUCCAUUGGUCCAUGUGCAUUAUUAUUAGUUCUAUGCAUUAUUUCCUUUGCAAAAGGAACUGGGAGUUACUUAAUAUACUCCAGGAUUUGUGCUGAGUGAAGAAAUACCAGCCCCACUAAAGACAAGAAGCAUUGCUCAGGUUUCUUUUUGUUUCUAAGAAUUUUAUGAAACUGGACACAUAUUUCCGUGGUUUUCUAUGAAACAAUAAGUUACACAAUCCCCACCUUUUAAAAUAGUCUCAGAUCUCUUAUCGUGGAGGCUAUCUUUAGACACUUUAUUGUACACCUACAAGUUGUAAUUAUGUUAUUCUUGCUCUCUUACUCAGCACUAAAUGCUGAAAAUGUGGAAAUGGAAAUGAGAACACUUUAUUUGUUUCUGGAUCAUAGGUAGGCCCAAGAGAGGUUCCUGAAGGGGGGAAAAGGGAGGCAUUACAUCGGCGGAUGGAGUAUCUGACAAGAUAGCAGGGGGAAACCAAUGUGGUACCCUCCAAAUGUUGUGGACUCCAACUCCCAUCUUCCUUGGCUGGUGGCCAUUCGAGCUGAGACUGUUGGGAGUUGGAGUCCAGCAACAUCUGUGUGCCUUCUCACAUUGGCUUCCCCUGCCAUUGAGGCUAUCAGUCGUCAUGCUUUACUGCAGUAGUCUUCUACUUUUUCUGAUCCAGGACUUGCCUUUGACUCAAAGAUGCAUUUGGGAAGCCACUACUUAAUUAUUAUUUUUACCAUAUAUAUAUGAAUAGUUGUAGUGCUGCUGUUGCAAUCAGGCUGUGACACCCAAGUAAGUAGAUCCUGACCCACCUGUUGAAGGUCAGUGUUUGCUGCGCUGCAAACCCCAACACCCCUGACCAUUAGGAAAGCCUAGGGCUUGCCGAUUGGAGGUCAGCAGUUCGAAUCCCCGUGACCCAGUGAGCUCCCGUUGCUCGGUUCCUGCUCCUGCCAACCUAGCAGUUCAAAAACACUCAAAGUGCAAGUAGAUAAAUAGGUACCACUACGGCGGGGAGGUAAACGGCAUUUCCGUGCGCUGCUCUGGUUCGCCAGAAGCGGCUUAGUCAUGCUGGCCACAUGACCUGGAAGCUGUACGCCGGCUCCCUUGGCCAAUAAAGCGAGAUGAGCACCGCAACCCCAGAGUCGGCCACGACUGGACCUAAUGGUCAGGGGUCCCUUUACCUUUACCUUGGUCUAAUAACAUCUGAGGUCCCAAGGUUGAAGAGCCCAGGGGGUCAAAGCAAGGGAACAAAACACUGUAAAGGCAUGGGAGUAAUUUUUCUUGUGGUCCUGGUCCGGGAGCGAUCACUUUCUGUUUCCUUAGACCAGGGUUUCCCAAACUUAGGUCUCCAGCUAGUCCAAAAACAGCCGGAGACCCAAGUUUGGGAAGCCCUGCCUUAGACAAACAUAGGAAGCUGCCUUGAUGCUGUUGGUCCAUCUUUCUCAGUAGUGCCUACACUGACUGGCAGUGGCUUUCCAGGGUUUCAGGCAGGAGUCUUUCCCAGAUUUACCUGCAGAUGCCACUGGGGAUUGAACCUGAGAAAUUCUGCUUGCCAGGCAGAUGCUUUACCACUGAACUACGGUCUGUUCCCAAGGCAGUGGGUGUUCCGAGGUCCCUAGAGAUUAAAGAAAAGGACUUAGAUUAGGACCGGCCCUGGGAGAUGACAACCUCAGCUCCUGAACAACAGGAGAGUGGGCUUUUUAAAAUGGCAGCUAUGCCACCACAACCAAUUGACCAGUUUCUGCUAAUGAAAUGAUGGGUCUUUAGUGGUGACAUUGUCCUAUCAGUGUGCAGUUCCUGGAGCUUUCCACACGGUGGCACCAACAGUCUUUGCCAGGUGUUUCACAGGGCUCGUGAGUUGCUGGGACAGAUGUGGCCAAGGCGGGUCACGGCAACAGCUGCUCUGGCCUGUCAUCAUGAUCCGUAGCCCGGUGGGGUUGAUUAGCACUGCUUUUGACCUGAAAAGCAAGCAUCGCCAGAUGCUUUGUUGUUCCAGCAUCACCCAAAGGCUUCCAUAAACGCGGAAACACUGGGAUCUGCCUUCGACCAGAUCAGACUUCCUGUCUGUCUAGCGCAGUGUUGUCUCCUCAGAUCGGCAGGGACUCUCUCUCAGGCAGAGAGCCUUUCCCAUUAUCUAUGAUGUCAGGAGCAGAGAACCUGUUGCAUUGACCGGUAGCACAGGGCUGAGUGAGGAACCCGCAGCAAUCCAGAUGCUUGUGGACUCCCCUCUCCCAUCCGCCCCAGCCAACAUGGCCAGUGGUCAAGGAUGGUGGAAGUUGUAGUUCCUCACCUCUGUGCUGCUUAAUCCUUUUAACAGGAGACACGGGGGAUUGAACCUGAGACCUUCCGCAUGCCAGGCAUAUGCUCUGCUACUGAGCUAUGGCCCAUCCCUAUACCUUUUAGCUGUGAUUCCUGCAUUAUAGGGAGUUGAACUAGAUGACUCUUUGGGUCCCUUCCAAUUCAACAUUUCUUGGUUUCUGUGAUUUUUAGAUGCCCUUUAAAAUAAAUAAAUAAAUGAGUUGGCUCUUAGUAUAGGCUUCUGUAUGCAAGCAUGUGUUCUUCCUCUGAACUAUAGUUUUUUCCCUUAUACAGUGACGCCUCGGGUUAAGAACUUAAUUCGUUCUGGAGGUCCGUUCUUAACCUGAAACUGUUCUUAACCUGAGGUACCACUUUAGCGAAUGGGGCCUCUCAUCCUGAAGCAAAGUUCUUAACCCAAGGUAAUAUUUCUGGGUUAGCGGAGUCUGUAACCCGAAGCGUCUGUAACCCAAGGUACCACUGUAACUGCAGCAGUCUUUUCAUUUGAAUACAGUUCAUUAUAAUAGGAAUUAGGAUGGAAGCAGCAAAGCUAGGGUUUCAACAUAUGGCUUUUCCUAAGCACUUCGGAGGCUGAAUAAUGGCCAUCAAAGCUUUACCACGGUGCUAGUGUGUGUGUGUGUCUGUGAAAGAAUUUUCCCUCUUGGAGAUGUUUUUAAAAAGCUUUCUGAUAGAGAAGGCUCCAAGGCAUCAUGAAAAGGUCUCAUUGUGAUUUCAGUGACAUGGUGGAAAAUUCGGUUGCACCUCUGAGUGUACAUGCCUAAUAUAUAUUUAGGAUACAAUAAGUUUCUUUACGCAGCAUGGGCUCCAUUUUGCUGCGGUAACUUUCACCAUUUAUUUCCUUUGUAUCGCUUCUCCCUUUUUCUGAUUUUGCCAUUAUUAGACUAAUGAUCCAAGCUAGUCUCUUGGGAAUGAGUCUUCUUGAUUUAAAUCAGUUUUGAGCUGGGCUUAUAUCAUUACACUUCAUGGAAGAAAACUUUUUAUUUAUUUAGGAUCAGACCUGUAUUGCUUAAUUUGCAGUUUCAGAGAGAGAGGGAGAGACAAAAUGAAUGUAAUUAAAUAAUUUAGCCAAUUACCGUAUUUUUCGCCCUAUAGGACGCACUUUUUCCCCUCCAAAAAUGAAGGGGAAAUGUGUGUGCGUCCUAUGGGGCGAAUGCAGGCUUUCGCUGAAGCCUGGAGAGCGAGAGGCGUUGGUGCGCACUGACACCUCUUGCUCUCCAGGCUCCAGGAAGCUAUCUGCAAGCCUUGCGCACCCGGGGGGAGUUCCCCCGGGCACGCAAGGCUUGCGGGGGGCAGCCUGCAGCGCGGAGCACGGGGCGCCCUCCGGAGGACGCCCCGUGCUUCGCGCAUGGCUUGCGGGCGGCAGCCUGCAGCGCGGAGCAUGGGGUGCCCUCCGGAGGACGCCCCGUGCUUCGCGCAGGUGUCAGCAAGCCUUGCGCACCGGGGGGAAUUCCCCCCAGGAGUGCAAGGCUUGCGGGUGGCAGCCUGCAGCGCAGAGCACGGGGCACCCUCCGGAGGACGCCCCGUGCUUCGCGCAGGUGUCCGCAAGCUUUGCACGCCCGGGGGAACUCCUCCCGAGCGGGCACGGCUUGUGGGCAGCAGCCGGCAGCGCGGAGCAUGGGGCGCCCUCCGGAGGACGCCCCGUGCUUCGUGCAGGUGUCUGCAGCCUGCCGCCCGGCGCGUGGGGCACCCUGAAGCAGAGCGCCCCUCACGCCGGGCAGACAUCGGCCAGCCCCACAAGCUCAGGGGACAACGGGGAGGCGCAGCGCCGCCAUCCCACUGUUCCCUGACCUGGUUUUGGGGGGGGAAUAAAGGAAAAAAAUUUUUCCUUUAUUUCCCCCCCAAAAAAGUAGGUGCGUCCUAUGGGACGGAGGGUCCUAUGGAACGAAAAAUACGGUACAUUUUUUCUUUUAAAAAAAUAAUCUGUCAGUGUUCAGUUACUUUAUGUAUCAUUUACGAAAAGAGAUGUUUGGUUCAGUUUUCUUUUCUUUUCACACGCACCUAUUUGACUAAGAGUCUAGAACUCAAAAAUGAUUCCUCUCAGCCCCAUAGUGAGCAUGAUGGAACACUAAGUACAAUUUUCCUUGAUAUAUUGCUGAAGGAUUCACAUGCCAUUGGUCAAAAUAAAGACAGUAAGGGAGUGAAUGUGGACAUGGGACAAGUCUUGCACUUUAGAAGAAAACAAUUGCUAUCUGCCUAGCUAAUAUACCGUAUUUUUCGCUCUAUAACACGCACCCAACCAUAACACGCAUAUAGUUUUUAGAGGAGGAAAAUCCGUAGGCAUGCCACCCGUAGCCAUUUCCUCCAUAACACGCACAGACAUUUCCACUUACUUUCUAGGAGGAAAAAAGUGAGUGUUAUGGUGCAAAAAAUAUGGUAUUUUAUUGCAAAAAGUGAUUCUAGUGGUCUUGAAAACUCAAAGCUGGGGACAUGGGUGUGUGAUCUAUAGGUGGGAUCCAGAGUGUCCCAUCUGUGGAAGUAGGAGGACUCCCAUUGGAGAGACAGGGAGCCAUUUUUAUGCAGAUUCUCCUUCCUCUGAUAGCCACCCCCCUUGCAGCACCUCUAAUACUGUUUUGGUGCCCCCUGCCCAACCCUCUGAAGCAGCUUUUCAGGGAGAAGACAUAUUUGAAGUUUAAAUAAAAGAAAUACGUUAUUUUAUUUUUAAUUGGAUCCUUUUUCUGCUUAUGUGUUUGCUUUCCUGUGCCCUCUUCAGAAGGAAGGGCAGGAUAUUAUUAUAAAUGAUGAUGAAUUGUCAGAAAUCACCCCCUCCCCUAACCGGCAUACAACAUCCUUCCUCUAAGCAGGGGCAUGAUCCUGAUUUAGUGGUCUGGGUCCAAGUUGGUGUAAACUACCGGCAAAACAUAUUACGAUCCAAAGACGAACUAUUUUCUUAUCCGAGCAUUAAAAGGAUAGUUGCUUCAAUCCUUCACCUCUGAUGUGUUUAUGAGAAUGCUUCAGUUCUUGUGUCUGUACCAGAGUCUUAGUAAUAUGCAAGCGCUUAGGGAAGAAAAAGCCUUCUGAUUCAAAGGCAACCGCUCUGCCAAAAUUGGACUCCCCCCCUCCCCACAAUCAGUGUCACAACUAGGUUUCAGUGAUGGUAUAAGAAUUUAGUUGUCGGCUCUGUAUCCCAUUUUCUCAGAUGCUCCUAUCUAUUCUCUUCCUUGCCUUGCGCUAUCAAGUUCUCAAGAGCUGUCACUUUUACGUAGCCGUCUUCAGAUUAGGGAGUGCUCUCUGUGGAAUCUGAACGCAGUUCUAAAAGCUUUAAUAGAUACCUCUUUCUGAACUUCCUCCUCUGGUGUCAGGCUGUUUCCUGACUAUUAGAGAAGUAGCCCUAUGAGCCAUUACCUUAGCAAAAAAUAAAAUAAAAAAUAAGAGGAUCUCCGAGCAGGGCAGUCUAGCUAUUACAGAGAGAAUAACUCUUGACUAUUCCAUAGAGACAGCUGCUCCCCACUCUUCCUCACCACCGUAUUAAGGACUGUGAUUGAAUUGCUCUUUUCAAGAGAAUUCAUGUGUUCUGUGCAGCAUCAGAAACCUUCCCAAUUGCUUCUGGUGACAAGUAAAUGUAACGGGAGAGCAUUUAAUUUGAACCAUAGAGUUUCACUUCAGUUGCAUUAAAUUCAGACGCCCAACAUGGUACUACUGCAUGGCAGGGAGGUCAAUGGGAAAGGAAGCCUAGUAUAUGCCGAGAUUAUGUUUUGGAUGAAAAAGAACAUUAUUUGGACGAGGAAGACAUUAUUAGACCAGUGAUCCAUCCAGCCAAACUUCCCCAUCAUUGGCUCCAACAUGGGAGAAGAACAUAGAGUUCCGCAGUUGUUUUUGGACUUCAGCCCCCAUCACUCUUCAACGUUGGUCAUGCUGGUUGGGGAUUAUAGUCCCAACAGCAUUUAGGGACCCAAAGUUGUGGGAAGUCCGAUCUAUUCCAUAUGAAUACAUGAAGGUGCCUGGUCUCACAAUGGCCAAGCAGGUGCCUAUGGGAAGUAACAGCACAUAGGUUGGCCAACACCUAGUAUGCAGAGGCGUGCUGCUUCCAAGAGUAAGGUAGAAAAUAGUCACUUGCACUGAUUGAUCGCCUUAUCGUCCUUGAAUUUGUCUCUUGCCAAACUGGAACAGAGAAAUCUUUUUUUUUAAUUCUUUUUUUAAAACCCAUAUAGAAAAACUCUGCAAUUCCUUAUUAGACUAGAGAAAGACAUAAUGGAUUGACACAUUAAUUGUUCCCUUGGCGGAGAAUAAAUAUUUAAUUUGAUAGAGAAUUAAACACAUUUUCUCUCGCUUGGCACUUUGAAAUAGAUGAUGCCAUGUUGGAUAUUUUUCAUUUUGGGUUUAAUUCAUAGGUUUGAACGUGUUUGCAUUUUAUUUUUUUUAAGAUAAAGAAUAGCAUUAUAUCGCUGCGUGUUUGACAGAAAUAGCUUGUACAGGCACACCCCCCCGACUUAUGCGCGGUUGACUCACGCAUGCAUGUGGCGCUGGGGAAAAAAUACAUAAAUUCCGAGCUGAAAUGGCGGGAGAGGGCUGGGAAGUCCUUGUGGCUUGCGAGGAGACCCUCCCCAGAGCCCAAAGACGACGCCAGUGCGCCAAAAAAGACUCGCAAGGCCUCCCCAAUGGUGUGCAGGAGCUCUUGUUGCUGCCACACUACCCCGCUCAACAGCUGUUGGGCGGGAAGCUGCACGCUUACACGCAUUUCACUCAUGCACGCAGAGACCCGGAACGUAACCCUCCUGUAAGCGAGGAGUCGCCUGUGCUACAAAGGUGAGUAGCAAAAGGCAAGAUCACAGCAACAUCACACAGACAACUCCCCCAUCUGAUGCAGUUUAUGCAACACUCCUGAUUGCCUACACUUGGUCAGGGGAGGGCAACCCGUGUUCCUCAAGAUGUGUUUGGACCCUGACUGCCAGCAUGGCCAGGGGUCAGGGAUGAUGGGCUCUGUAGUGCUGGCAGCAUCUAAAUGGCCGCCAGUUCCCUCCCACUGCUCCACUCUGGGAUUUUUUUUUUGGGGGGGGGGGAACAAGGUCUUCAUUCAAGAACCUAUCCUCGCAACACUGACGCAAAAACUCCGCACAUAGAGGAAGAAGAAGAAGAAGAGGAAAAUUUUGGACUUGAUAUCCCGCUUUAUCACUACCCCAAGGAGUCUCAAAGCGGCUAACAAUCUCCUUUUCCCUUCCUUCCCCACAACAAACACUCUGUGAGGUGAGUGGGGCUGAGAGACUUCAAAGAAGUGUGACUAGCCCAAGGUCACCCAGCAGCUGCAUGUGGAGGAGCAGGGAAUCGAACCCUGUUCACCAGAUUACGAGACUACCGCUUUUAACCACUACACCACACUGGCUCUAAGUACACUAAGCAAAAGAAUGAAAGACCACUGCCCACUUCUUUCUUCCCCCACCUCUCUCCCCUGAUUUUCUCCCCACCAACCUAACAGUGUCUGUGACAGCAGCGUCUCACACUGACCUGUAGAAAGGACUCUCUGAACUGGAAACAGAUAUGUCAUAUGUACCCUUGUUAGAAGUUGUACCAGGGCCAGGAUUGUGCCUGUUUUCCCUGAUCCUGACCUUUGCCAUCUUUCUCAUCUUCUGAUCCGAGUCUAUGUAUACAUGUGUUAGAUUUAUGUGUGGUUCAUGGCUGCUAUUUUCCUAUGUGCAUAACUCUUUGGAUCUGGACAUGCAUCUAUCAGGGGAGAUAUUUUGUAGAUGUUGCUUUAUAGAAUCCAUUAGCAGCUGAAUUAAUAACAAAGAACUGCAUGUGAGCUUAAUUGGUGGAAAACCGAUAAUAGCGUGUAAUGGGUUUUAAUUGCUGUGUGAAUAGGUGCUUAGAAUUUGGUUUGUGGUCUCUGCUUAGUGCCUUUGUUCUUUUGCCCCAUCAAAUGUGUUCAGAGUCAGCUCCGCAGUUGGUGUCGUCAUGCUCUUCUCCUAAUUAGUCUGUCCCAUUGGUUAAUUAAAGCUUUCCAGAGUGUAGUAUGCCUUGCAGUGUCUGCCAGCCUCUAUAAACAUACCAGGUACGUUCCCCCCCCCCCCAGUGUAUGCAUCUGUUUGCAUCAAAACAGUUCCUUAGAAAAUGGAACGAAGGAGGUAAUUCUGAGAGAGGUAGUGGUAAACAUUUCUCCAGGAAGAUAAUGAAAUUCUAAAUUGAUGACACUUUGGCUUUUUAGAUAAAAUUGUUUUGCAGAUAUUGUGCGCAAGAAAAACCAGUAGUCAUAUUUCUGCUUGUGGAUGUGUGAAUACAUUACUAAAAUUAAUUCCCUGCAACUGUGUGUGAGUAGAUAUAUAUAUAGAUAAAACAGAAAAAAGCAAAAGUAGUAACUAAUUUCUUGUGCAUAAAGGAGUAACCCAAAGGACUAGGUCUGCAGCAUUCCGAGGCACUUUAAAUGCACACACAUAUACCCACUGUGCAAAUUAAUUGAAACAAAGCAUGUUUUCUAUCUUACUUGUAAUCCUGUACUCAAAACAAACACGAAAAGUCAGUUGAUCAUUAUGGUGUCGGAAGCCUGCAGCCAAUGGAAGGAAUGAUGCGCUUGCCACAAUAUAUUGAGGUUCUACGAAAGAGAGUUAUUCCAGAGCUGGAAAAGAGGUAUCCUGAUGGUACUGGGAUAUUGCAGAAGGACCUAGCCCCCUGUCACACAUUGAAAGUGGUGAAGAAAUUUGUGACAGAGCAGCAAAUACAGGUACUUGAUUGGCCAGGGAAUUCCCCAGACAUAAAUCCCAUUGAGAAUUUGUGGGCUAUAUGCAAAAGUCGCCUCCAUGCUGCAGACUGUGUGACUAUGGAGAAGCUCAUUCAGGUGCUGAUUCAAGUGUGGUACAGGGAUCCGAAAAUCAACAGUGACUGUUUGAAACUAGUAGACUCGGUGCCAAACCGUGUUAAAAUGCGGCUUUAAAAAAGCAGAGGUCAUAUCGGUUAAUAAUGUAUGCAUAUGUGAGUUUUGUACAUGUAUAUGUGAGUUUUGUACAAUAAACUACAUUGUUUGUUUCAAUUAAUUUGCACAAGGGGUUAUGUAGAAUUUGUUUCCUUGGAAGUAAGCGCCAUUGAUCACAGUGGAAAGACUGAUCACAGUCUUUCAAGGAUCUGUGCUUGGAGUCAGUCCCUAACACCCCAUCAAUCCUAUGCACAUUUACUUUGAAGUAAGAGGAAGUGGUUUAAAGUGCUGGAAGAAGCACGUUCCCCGAUGGGGAAGUUCUUAGUGCAGCCAAUCCCAAGGGGCUCCCUGUCGGCGCUGCCAGGGAGCUCUGUUUUCAAAGGAACAAUCAGGAGCUCCAUUUAACUGUAGCUGUGUCCGUACCUGCCCCACACCCGGUGUCACCUGAUGUCAGGUGUGGGGAGGUGUGUGGGGCAGGUGGGCAUGGUUUAUGUGCUGGGCCGACUAGGCUGCAGACCAGAGGUCCCCUACCCUUGUUAUAGGCUAUAACCAAAAUGUUGGUGUAUCUAAGUGAAUCAAAACUCAUUAAUAUGACACACCGUGCUUAACUUUUCUUGGUUCAGGGCUGCAAAGGUAGAGAACGCUUCAUUGUAUGAGAGUAAGUCACGUUGCUAUGGCAGCUGAGGCAGAGGAGAAGAAGCUGAGAUUUCUGUUUUAUUUCUAAGAAGGUGUAUUCAUUUUAAACACUCCUUUAUUUGCAGCUUCCAGAGCUACAUAGUUUUUCAGGAGGCAGGGCUCGCACAUUGUUUGAUUGCUGUCAAGAGCUUAAAGAGUAUUUGAAAGCUUUUCCUUUUUCGAAACUUAAAGAGAGGGGGGCAGGCUUAACCUUACAACUUCGUAUUGAAAUCCAGGCGUGACGAAUGGCCUCCUGCAUAUAAAUGAAUUAACAUUUGCAUAACAUUUUAUCUCUUUUGAGCUCUUCUGUGCUUCUUCCUAACGAGUAGUCAUUAUUGUGUUUCCUGUAUAUUAAGUUGGAAAUUAGAAAUAUUCAAUAUAUAACAGCAUAAUUUGUGUGUGUUUCACUUUGAAAUGUUCAGUGGGGCUCCUUGCUAUAAAUCUAAUAAUAAAUAAAUACCACAUGGAGAAGAAUGCUGCUUUGCUUCCCCAAUGGGAAAUCUAUUGGGAAAGUGCAGGAUGCUUGGAAAAGCAAAUGGUGUUUUGAAUUGCUAUUUCGUGGUGUAUGGCAGAGAUGGAUAAUCUCUCCAGAUGUGGAUGACAACUCCCAUCAUCCCUGCCCAUUGCCUACAUUGGUUGGGGGUCUAAAGGGAGUUGGUGUUCAACACUAGCUGGACGGUCACAUAUUCCCCGUCCUUGGGGUAUAUAAGUAGGGUUGCCACAUAACAACCUGGGUGCUGGACAUACAGCCAGUGAUGCAGUAGAUGAGAUAGCUGCACCUGCUUCCACUUGGACCCUCCCUGGUCCAUUCAUCUGUCUCUUUCUUCUUCAUCUGCUUUGUGUCUCUUGGCAAGUUAGGCAGAGGGAUAGGUAGCAAGCCCAAAGAGGGAGUACAUAGGAGUUGCUACAGCAGCUCAUAUCCUCCAGCAUCAGACAUCUACAGAUGCCUAGGUAGGCAUGCUAUACAAAGCUCAAAAUAUUUGGCAAUCCUAUUUUUCUUUAAUACAGUGCUUUAAGAAUACUUUAGACCAGAGCUUUGCAAAUCGUUCAUGUUGGUGACACACUUUAUCGACAUGCAUCAUUUUGCAACACAGUAAUUCAGUUUUACUAGCAAACUGGAGGUUAAACUUAACUCCUUUCCAGCCCCGGGAGGAGCAUGGGGAGUGUUUGUGCGACACACCUAUACAAUGCAGCUGACACACGUAACGUGUCGUGACAGAAUUUGGAAAACUCUGCUUAGGGGCAAUCUCUUAGAUGUGCACGUUUCAACAAAAAUGUUACACACUUAUUGGGUUUCUGUAGUCAGUAGGAUUAAUUUUUUUCAUACUGUCCUGAAAAAAAAGUCAGUGUUGCAAUUUGAUUAGAUAUCCUUCCCUGCGAUCAUUUCUCAUGCAUCUGGCCUCUCCCUGCAAUGAAUCUUUGUGACAGUAAAAGCAGAACGCAGUUCUCUGUGGAAAUAAAAGAUUUGUUCUUGACAAGAACGAGACUGAAUACCGAGUCAAAGUAAUGUAUGGAUUCUAUGAGUUGAAAGUGCCAUCUGGAAUCAGUAAUGUUUAUAUUUUGGAUCUGGCAACUGGGAAACCAGUGGUGUUGGCUUGGAAACAGUAUUUUCUUGGCACAUUUAAAAACAUACUGGAAUAGGAGCGAGGGGUCCAAGUGCAUACUGAUAAAUUUAAGUUUGCCCAGUUCAGAUAUUCUAGUGCAACAAACCCACUUGGGGAAAAAAAGAAACCAUCUUUUUGCAGUUAGGAAAGUGAUGGGGAAAUCCAUUGAAAUGUGUGGUAUGAACAACCAACCAACCAACAGGAAGACUCAGUGCAAAACAAGAUUUUACACAGGAGAUGCAGGAAUUGUCUUCCUGACUGCAGGAAGCUGUGGGGUGCUCUACAUUCCUCCCCUUUUCAAGCAAAAGACCAUCACACAACGUUAAAACAGUGUGCAUAUUUGCAUGAAACAUGCAGUUAAACGUUACAGCUGAAAACAAGGUGGUCAAAACAGUUUCAGUAGAUCCCAAGUUAAGUUUUAAAGGAAGCUCUCCUAUUCUUUUCCCCAGUGCUUGUUGUGGAUUUGUACAGUGGAAAUAUUUUCACAUGAUUUGGGAAAGUUCUUUUACCCAAUAAGCAUGUGCUUAUUUCUUUGGGUGAACACUCCCACAGGGUUUUCUGUCUGAUUUGUUCAGUAUUCUGGUGAGAUACAACUCAGCUGCUGUGUGUUCUUUGGCAUUAGCAUGUGGAAUACUUUGAAAUACCCAGAGUGCGGAAGUGAAGUUUUUCAAAGCUCUACAUGUCUUUGAACUGCGCAAGCCUUUCUAUCAAUUGAAUUUUUAAAAGGAUCCCCAAAUUAGUACAGUACUAGAUUCAUUUUUUUUUCAAUGGACUGGGAGCAUCCGAUUCCCUUUUGGUUUCUUUGAACAUCCCAGCCUACAAGGAUGCCAUUCUUGCUGUUUAAGGCUGGAGAGCUUCAUACCUGGCCGGUUUACUUCUUGACUAUGGAACAUUGAGAACUAAGUUUCCUUCAGUACUUAGUUGUCAUUGACUUCAGUUGCUCAAAGACUGAAAGUAAGAAACUUGAUCAUAACCCUUCUAGGUACCAGCAAUCCUUUACAAGCAGUGGAACGAGAAUUUAUUUGAUACUUGAAUUUCUGGGCAGAUCCACACAUUUUUUCCCACCCGACUCCUUGGAGGUAUUGGUGGAUUCAGGCAACCUUCCCCACUUCCCCAAUACGUACUGAUUUUUGUAGUUUCCUAUGGGCAGGAGUCAAGUUGAGUUAGGUUGUCUGAAAGGCUCCCAUAAGUAAUGGAAUCCAUAGGUGCUCAUUUUCAAAAUCAUCUAUGAUUUUAUUCACAAUUUUCAGAAGCGGCUUGACUGGAGGAGAACACUGUUACUUACCGGGAGGCACAAAAUGCUUGGCAUGAGACCAUCUAUUUUUGUCCCUGCCAAUUCAUUUGCACUGCACUGACCUCCUGCAAUUUCCACACCCCAUCUCUCUCCUAGUAAGCAGUAACUACCCAUCUGCCAGAAAAGUGGCACAGCAGUACUUGUGAUAAUUUUAUCUGUACUCAUGAUGCAGAUUAACCAUAACUUGUUGGGCUCAUUUAAUCAAAACUGGAAGCAAAAUGAUCUGCAUUGGACAAAGAGGAACUAGGAUGGAGUACAUGAGCUUGGCAGGAGGCUAGACUUCUUUCCACUAAGAAAUCCAAACACAAACAAUACAGUAAUUUGAUUUUCUCAAGGCAAGAGCAGUGAGGGAGACUGGAGCUCAUCUCUUCCAUACCUUUAUUUGUGUUGAAUGAGAAAGUGGUAUUAAGUAGGCUCCCCCUUCCCAUCAUGCCUCAUUGCUGAUUCUCAUAAGUAAAUCUUGUCCACAUAGUUUCCCAUGCGGUGUUGACUGAUGCUGCUAAGGAUCAAGGAAUCAACAACGACACUUGUGACAUGGUUUGAUAAAGACUGUCUAGAUGUGAUGAGACAAUCAACGUGGUUGGCAAAUAUCCACAGUGGGUGGAUGGAGCACGGUCCUUGUUUACUUAAAAGCAAAGGAAAUAAACACACAGAAAAGCAUUCCAUCCUUUGCCAAAAGGGGGGGGGGCACUCACCCCGUGAUACGUUUAAUAGAUUCAUUUCACUAACAAAGGCAGCCUGAAAUAACCUGAUGAUAAAUUGCUGUUGGUAACUUGGUACAGGAGUUCAAAUUGAAAAGCAAAGUAACUGUCAGUUCAAAUUAGCUUCAUUAAUUGAUUCUAUAAUUUGAUCUACUUAAGUGUUUCUUUUGAAAUCUUAAUACAUCCUUUUAAAUUUCUUAUGGAGUGUGGGCUGCUGUGAAGUUGUAGCCAUUGCAAAAGUGAAAAAAGAAAAUAUAGCAAGUUAACCCGACGGGCUGGUAAUGUUUCUAGCGUUUACUGUUAUCAAAAUACAUCAGUAAGAUGAAGGGCAAUGAGGCUUAUGAAGAUUACAGAGGAAUAACUUCGUUUGAAACAAUUGCUUCAGAAUGCAUCUAUUGACAGGAUAUAUGAUUAGGUUAAAAAGAUAAGAGAAUCAACAGAAAGCUGCUAAUAAAAUUUCUUAAAGGUACAAGUAUUAACCGAGCAUGCAAUUAUAUAGAAAAGAAAGUAUUAACCGAACAUGCAAUUAUAUAAAGUAUAUGAUGAAUGUAUUCUUAAAAUUUAUGGUGUCUUAGAGUGGCUGGGGAAACCCAGCCAGAUGGGCAGGGUAUAAAUAAUAAAAAUACUAUUAUUAUUAUUAUUAUUAUUAUUAUUAGAUGGGGAAGAUGGGGAAGAAUUUUCAGGCUGAGGACAAGCUCCUGAGAACCACAUGACCAUGGUGGGUGAUACCACUGGCAAAAUUAAUGUGGGGCAAUUAAUAGAACCAUCAUCCACUCCACCCUCAAAUCUCUCUGUCCAGACAUGCAAGAGGCGUUAUCAUUGUUCAAGGUCAGAGCCAGGCAAAACCAUUGGAUAAAGGAGUGGAGGAGGGCUGGGAAACGGUGUGGCCAUAAGAGAGUCACAUAGACCAGCUAAAAAAGAACUGGAUGGCCACAUUUGGCCCCAGGCCUGAGGUUCCUGACCUCUGCUGUAGUCUGUAUGCUGGUAUUUUUUAUUUGCAUUGAUAGGAAGGAUGUAUCUUUAUAAUCUUCUUCUGCUUCACAUACUUAAGUUACAGUGGUACCUUGGGUUAAGUACUUAAUUCGUUCUGGAGAUCUGUUCUUAACCUGAAACUGUUCUUAACUUUAAGCACCACUUUAGCUAAUGGGGCCUCCUGCAGCCGCUGCGCCGCCAGAGCACGAUUUCUGUUCUCAUCCUGAAGCAAAGUUCUUAACCCAAGGUAAUAUUUCUGGGUUAGUGGAGGUUGUAACCUGAAGCGUAUGUAACCUGAAGCGUAUGUUGUUGGGAUGCUGCCAGGGAGACAAAAGCCAUCAUGCCCCCAAGCCGUCUCCGUUGCGAUCCAUCGACCUCCCGUAGAUAACGCAGCAUCAGUCAAUUAGCGACACAAAGCUUCGGAAAUAGCUUUCCACAUUCCAGAGCUCGUGCACGUUCUAUCAGCAGACUUUUGCACAGCGAAAGAUGCACUCAGGAGAGCAUAUUUACAAGUUUAUUCAGCAUUGGUCAGAACAAAGAAAAAAACAUGACUGCCUGCUUCAGUGUCUCAGACACAGAGAGAGAACAAAAGCAAUAGAGAAACAGAAACUUCCUGUGAGCAGGAAAUACGUAGGCUGUGACUCACAACAGCCUGUCCCCUUUUUAAGGUGGAACGGAAAUAUGCUAACAUCGUAUGUAACCCGAGGUACCACUGUAUAAGUAAGUUAGCCAAAAUUCAGACCACAGUUAGUUACGCACACAUGCACAGAAUAGAAAAUAAAGAAGCAAUGGGACGUAAGUGUGCAUAACUGCGUGUGAGUUAAUGGGGUUUAUUGGUAAAUAUAUACAUCAUGACUAGGGAUUUAAGACUGAUCCAGAAUGGGUUUGGAUAGAAUACUUCGGGAAUCAAACUGAACAUACCAAAAUGUAGUUGGCAGCCGAUGGCCAACCACAGGUUUCUAUAAACAGUGAUGCUUCUCUACCGCCCAUCAUGUUUUAACUACCUGAAGUGUGAAGCUGUUUUCAACAUGGGAAACAGCAGCAGAUAAAUAAAUAUAUGGGGGGGGGGUUUUAAAACCAUUACAAACUUUUGAUAAAUUAUCUGUGAAAAUAGUCCUGCUUUUUAAAUAAAAGUCCCUCGUUAUCUCAAUCGCUUCAUGGCUACCAUGGCAACAAACAGGAAUAUAAACAGAAGACCCUGCCAUACUGCAAUUAUAACGCCAUGUCUGUUCAAUGCCACCAUUACAUACCCCCCUUAAUAAAUUCUGCUCUAAUAUUAGAAGUUGCUGGAGCAAAAUACACAACUGCUUCUGUAUAGAGAACACAAUUAUCACCAAGGAAAUAAAGAAUAAUACGGACAAAGGUCAGAUCUUGCCUAAUUGACCUCAAGAUAGGAGGACAGAAUAUCAGGUAAUGCAAAAGAUGUUACACUCCCCCACACUUAUAAAUAAACUUAAUUGGCUGGCAUCGUGACCGUCAAACACGGAGUACAAAAGUAGUGGUUGUUAGACUUUCUUCUCCUUCAUGGACCACUUGAAAAAUUGCUGAGGGACUUGACGGACUACUUAAAUGAUUUUUCUGCCUGUUGUAGCAAUUGUAAUGCGCUGAGCAAAAGCCUGCAUGACUUUCAAUCGUAUUUAUAUUGCUUCUUUUAUUGACUGUAUAUUGUACUUUAUUGUAUUACCAUUUGAAUUCCUCAGACUUCAAAUUAUAGCACAAUAAAAUGCAAUAUAACAAAAGAACCAGUAAAAGUGCAAUUAAAUAUCAAUAUGAAUAUUUAAUGCAAGGAAUGUGCCAUCUCCCGUCUUUGUCCACAAAUCCAUAGACACGUUGCAGAUCAUCUAAAUAAAACAGAGGUCCACGGACCAGUUUGGGAACCUAAAGGGUUUAUUUUUAUUUUUUUAAAGCCAGCUAUUUGUUUUUUUUUAUUGAAUUAUAUACUGCCCUAUACCCAGAGGUCUCAGGGAGGUUCACAGAACAAAAUCAAAAUAUAAAACCACAAAAUAUGUAAUCAGAAUAAAAGAACCCAAUAAUCCCCCCCAAAAAACCCCCCACAACCCAGCACAUUUAAAAAGGGCAUAGGAUGUCAAUCAAAUCAACCAAAGGCCUGGUUAAAAAGGAGCAUUUUUGCCUGGUGCCUAAAGGUGUAUAAUGAAGGCGCCAGGUGAACUUCCCUGGGGAGAGCAUUCCACAGAUGGGGAGCCAUUGCAGAGAAGGCCUGUUCUCGUGUUGCCACCCUCCGGACCUCUCGAGGAGGAGGCACAUGAAGGAGGGCCUCAGAAGAUGACCUCAGGGUCUGGGUAGGUGCAUAUGGAAAGAGGCGGUCCUUGAGGUAUUGCGGUCCUGAGCCUUUUUAUAGGUCAAAACCAGCACUUUGAAUUGGGCCCAGAAACUAAUUGGUAGCCAGUGCAGUCGGACUGGGAUCAGUGUAAUAUGCUCAAAAUGUCUUGCUCUGGUGAGCAACCUGGCUGCUGAAUUCUGCAAUAGCUGAAGUUUCCAAACCAUCUUCAGAGGCAGUCCUGCAUAUAACACUUCGCAGUAAUCUAACCUUGAGGUUACCAGAGCAUAGACAACAGUGGCUAGGCUAUCCCUGUCCAGAUAGGGACAUAGCUGAUGGAAGGCACUCUGGGCCACUGAGGCCACCUGAGCCUCGAGUGGCAGCAAAGGAUCCAAGAGUACCCCCAAGCUACAAACCCGCUCCUUCAGAGGAAGUGUAACCCCAUCAAGAGCAGGCAAUCUCCCACCCAUCAGGUCUAGGGAACCACCCACUAACAGUGCCUGAGUCUUACCCGGAUUGAGCUUCAAUUUGUUGGCUCUUAUCUAGUCCAUUACCGAGGCAAGACACUGGUCCAGCAUGUCCACCGCCUCACCUGCAGAUGUAAAGGAGAAAUAGAGCUGAGUGUUAUCAGCAUACUGCUGACAACACCUCUGGAUAACCCCACCUAACGGGGUGUUAAGCAACGUGGGGGAUAGGAUUGAGCCCUGCGGAACCCCACAUUGCAGGUUCGAUGGUGCUGAAAAACAUUCCCCAAGCAACACCCUCUGGGAAUGACAAUCCAAGUGGGACUGGUACCACCGCAACGCUAUAGGUUGUAUGUGUGGAAAGGAUGUUAAAUGCAUAGAGCCAUUUAAAACAAAACAACAACAAACCUAGGGUGAUCCAUGGUCUUGGAUUUCCAGUGCUAAAUUGAAAAGCUAUUUCUGAAUUGCAGGACCAUAAUGGCUUGCUUGAGCCCUGCAUCUUUAAGGCCCCAUUUUCCCCUCAUGAGAAGUUUCAUUUCUACUUUGGCUUUGGCAAAGUAAUGAAACAAUCCACAGAUCUCAUCAAUGUUGCUCUGAUACAUUCAUUCUAGGUUCAGCUUCAAGGGGGAAUUUUUGCUUUUCAUCUAUACAGUGUUAUUUGACUACAGUAUGAGUUCAUUUCAUAUUCUUUAAAAAAAUAUUAUUGACCUACAUUGUUAUUUUCACUAUCAAUAUUUACUGUUUCUUAUAUUGUUUGGGGGUCCUGUUGAUCUGGUUUAUGGAUUCUGAGACCCAUUUUCCUGCCAUUAUAUAUGAUCUUGACAGCAUGAAUAGUGAUCACAACUCAAUGAAAAACAGUCCCAAAUCUUACACUGGACACUGGUUCUACUCCCUCUGGAAUAUAGCCGUGAUGGAGAAAUUUACACAGAAUCUGAUAUUUUGACAUGGACUAGAACCCUCAGACACUUUUUACAUGAAUUCCUUUAGUUACAUAUACAUCAGAACCAUCAUUUUCAAGACAACCAUCAGCACUAGCCUGACAAAUCUGGAACUAUACUUGGCAACCAAAUAACACUAACAUUAUUUAUUUAACUCUUAUCCUUGCUUUUCUUGCUUUCUUUCACGACCACACUUUGUUACCUAAGCCAUAUGCAACUGUAUUUAUUUUAUGUGCCUGUUUUAUAGUUCUGCUUUUUUAUGUUUUAAUUUUCACUGGUUAUUAAAAUUGUUCCCUCAGCUUUGUAUAUAUUCUAAAAUGAAAUAAAAAAUUAUUUACAAAUAAAAGGGAAAAGAAUUCCCAUCACCUCCUCCUUCCAGCAGCUCCCAGGUUGUUCAAAAGAGUCCCUGCCCUUUAAGAGAUUGUUUUUUUAGGGGGGCUCAGGGAAGAGAAGAGCGAGAAGCUUUCAUUCUUAGUGAACUUCCUUAACGUGGGUCCAAUCCACAAUCACUGAAGUGUUUCCUCUUUUUCUUUCUUUUUAGAACUAUGCAGCGACGCUGUCGCAACAAACUAACCCAAAGGCACAGAACUCUACAAGUCACCCUCGUUUUGGGUCCCACCUCCCAGAAGAAAAGCUUCAUGCCCUACGAGAUGAGCAAGUUGGGCAGCUCCAGGAACUGAUGCAAGAAGCUACCAAACCCAAGAGACAGUUUAAUAUUUUGGAUGACACAGAUCACAAAAAUUGA